CCCUGUUGUAGAAAGCUCUCUGCGGGGCUCUAGCUCUGGUGACUCCCACGUCAAGGUCUCAGAGCAGUAGAAGGGCCAUCUCUGCCUUCUGAGUGGCAGUGGCAGCGGACGGCGGGAUCCGGCUCAGCCGCGGAUUGGGGUCCUAGGCUUUCUCUGUUGCUCUCUCCUGUUCUCAGCUCUUCCGCAGCUCCAGGAGCUCGACACCUAGGCUGCAAAGAAACCGGUGCCCCUCCCAGCUGCCCGCCACGUAGCCCCGGCUGCCAGGGGGACAAUCUCAACUCUGGUACCCCCAGCUCGGUGGAGCGUACCAAUCUGCUUCUCCACCCCACCCCCGUCCCUCUCGUGCACCGCCAAGUCUUACCGCCCCUAGUUCUGCGCUCGGGCGCUUUGCGCCCAGGCCCCAGGAGGGCAACACCCGGCGACGGCCAGCUCCCACCGGUCAGCCCUGCCCUGCCCCGCCCGGCCGCCGUGCCCGCGGACCAGGCACCGCCCGGCCCUGUGCACACGGAGGCGGCCCUUCUUCCGCGCCCGGACGCGCAGAGGGUGUGCGUGGAAGCCAGGCGUGCGGCGGAGAGUCCCAGGAUCAGCUCAGAGCCUAAAGCUGCGGAAGAGAAGGAAACGUAUUUCCCCUUCACGUCGGAGAACAGCUAAGGAGCCUUUUCUUUUCUGGCCAUGUCUUCCAUAGGAACAACUGAGCCAGAUAGGGACCAGAGGGACACGCAUGUCAGCAAGCUCAUUUUCUUCCUCUUCAUCCUCGGUGCCGUCCUGUUGUGUGUGGGAGUCCUGCUCUCCAUCUUCGGCUACCAGGCAUGCCAAUAUAAUAGGCCCCUCUCACACUGCAGCAUGGUGCUAAAGAUUGCUGGGCCGUCGUGUGCCGUGGUGGGGCUUGGGAUUGUGAUUCUGGCCCGCUCCCGGGCACGCCUGCACCUGCGGGAGGAGCAGCGGCGAGGCCACCAGGACCCUGACCAAUCCUUCGUCUGUGGGGAGAGCCGCCAGUUCGCCCAGUGCCUCAUCUUCGGGUUCUUAUUCUUGACCAGUGGCAUGCUCAUCAGUGUGCUGGGUAUUUGGGUGCCCGGAUGUGGCUCAGAAUUGGGACCGGAGUCCAUGAAUGAGACGGACAUUGGAGAACCAGAGCCCCAGAUCUGCAGCUUCCUGUCUCUGCAGAUCAUGGGGCCGUUGAUUGUGCUUGUGGGACUGUGUUUCUUUGUGGUGGCCCAUGUUAAGAAGAAAAAUAACUUGAGUUCCAGCCGAGAUACCUCUGAUAUGGAAGGGGGACACGCCCACAGUAUGGAGCCUGUCCAUAUCACUGUAGGUGACUCGGUGAUAAUAUUUCCGCCCCCUCCACCGCCUUACUUUCCUGAGUCUUCGGCAGGCACUCGACCUCCUGGGCCUAACGGUUUGCACCACAAUGAAAACCCACCUUCCUAUUCCAGUCUUUUUAACUAUGGGAGGUCCCCAACUCCUGAGAUCCAGGGCGCAGCCUCUGAGAGAGAACGGGAACUCAUAUACACCAUAUCUGGACCGGGGUCACCCUCCGAGAGCUCACACCCUGGACAUCUUCCGCUGGAUCUGCCCCCUAGAUACGAAGAGAAAGAAACUGCCCUAGCCACACCCUCAGAUGCACCUUCUGAGCCGUCCCCACCAUGAAUUAUGGACUACAGUUUUAUACAUUUCAUGGAUUGUUAUUUUAUUUAAUUUUUUAAUAAAACAUACAAUAACA